AAUUGAACUUUUUUCACCUCUUCCUGGUUAAAAAGGCAACAACAUGGUUGAGAUGUUUGUUUAUCAUUUAUUUAUUUCCAGCUUCCCCCUUUUCGAGCUUUUUCUACUGCCAAACUGACCUGUAACGUAUGAUUAUGCAGAGCCAUGCCAACGUUUACUGCUAUAGCUUUUGAUAGGCUAAUAGAACCUAGAGAGUCCAAAUCUGUUGACAUGCCAGUUCCCAAUUCAAAGCCGCCGUUUAAAUCAAAACCUGCUCCUCAUCCAAAUUCGAAGUUGGAGAGGAGAAAUAGUACUCCAGUGGUCAUUGGAAGGAAAGACAAUCGUCCUCCAAUAACACCAGCACUCUACACAACUCCUGAGCCGACUCCACUUCCUGAUUCACCAACUUCAUUCUCUCCUUCACCUUACAUUGUCAAUCACAAGCGGCGUGGGCCGCGGCUAGUGAAGAGUUUCUCGCAGGCUGAUGUGGCCUUAUGUGGAAAACCAGAAGAUGAAGGAAAGGUCAUUAAGAAUGCUACAAAAAAUGCUGAAACAAAGAGUGUUGAUUCAACCAAUGAUGCUUCUGUCUCUUUCACUAUUCCUGUACCGGUUGAAGGGGAACGCAAGAGUAAUGUCCAGAGUAGUCCUGCAAAGGAACUUGUGAAUGGUUUCCAUGAUGGUCCUACAGAAAAGGAGCAUGUGAAUGGUGUGCAUGAUGGUGAGCCUGGAAGCAGUAAUAGGCAACUUGAGAGCAGUAACAGGGGACUCCCAAGCAGUAGUGCGAUUAAUGCUUUUUCUGGGAAAAUUGAUGUGCCAAAGCUUAUUGGAUUCAAGUCAGAGAGUAAUAGUGAGUGUGAAGAUUUUUUUGAUCCACAGGAAUCAAUGAGUGUUGCAAGUAACACAGAUGGAGAAGAUAAUACCUGGGCAGAAAGUUCUGCAAAGCUUGCUACUCCGAAGGGAGAGUUUUAUGAUGCUUGGGAAGAGUUAUCAUCUGAUGGUGGGUCACAAUCUUUUCCUCGGGAUAUUGAGACUGAACUGCAUGAAGUAAGAUUGAGUUUACUCAUGGAAUUAGAGAAGCGAAAGCAAGCAGAAGAAGCUCUGAAUGAUGUGCGAAGUCAGUGGCAGGGGGUUAGGGAACAGUUAGCUCAUGCAGGAUUGACACUGCCUGCGGAUCCCACUGUUGUAGGGGAGGAUGGACAACUGAAUAUUAAUCUUGCAGAAGAGCUUUGCCAAAAACUUCAUCUUGCUCGAUUUGUAUCAGAAUCUAUUGGGAGGGGCAUUGCAAAGGCUGAGAUGGAGGCAGAAAUGGAAGCUCAGAUUGAAGCGAAGAACUUUGAGAUUGCCCGAUUGUGGGAUCGGCUUCACUAUUAUGAGGCAAUGAAUCGAGAAAUGUCGCAGAGGAACCAGGAAGCUGUUGAGAUGACACGGCGUAAUAGACAAAGAAGGAAAAGAAAGCAGAGGUGGGUUUGGGGCUCAAUUGCUGCUGCAAUUACCCUUGGCACUGCAGCCUUAGUAUGGUCUUACCUCCCAACAGGGAAAGAAUCAACUAGCAGUGAUCCUGGUGCGCCUGAGCAUGAUGAUGCAGCCAAGUAGUGAAUCAAAAAUUGAAGUUAGAUCUCAUGAAAAGAAGUAAUGAGAAUAAAAAGGUCAUACAUGCUACUUUGUGAAUAGCAAGGAUCUCUUGCUUUUAUCAGUUGCAAUUUUCCUGCUUGCAGAGGAUGUAUAUUACCAAUUAAAUAAUUCAAAUAUCUCAAGUUAUGCCCCUUACUGGCAAUCUUGGAGGUGCUGAAAUUCGAAUUCGAUAGCCCCGGUUAUCAAAUUAAUAUUUGUUUUGCUUUUGUGCGCUUUAAAGACCGCACAUGUUUGUUCACACACCCACAUACACUCGAAGCUUGAUGAUUUUGUUCUAUUUAGCCUCAGUGUUGUGGCUGUGACUUGAGGUGGCAAUCAGGUUUUGGUUAUUUGUGCAUUA